AUGCCAGAGCAAAGAUUCAAUGGCAUCCUGGACGAGCUCUCGCUUGCCAGGUUCCUUACCAUUAACCAGCUUCUCAUUUUACCGGUUGAAGCUCUGAGAACAGUGGGGGACAUGGUUUUCAGAUUGAAAGGUGAGGGGAAUGAAAUGGCCAUCAAUCUUGACGAGGUUGAAAGCGAGGCCAGAGAUGAUAUUGAGAUCAAAUAUGAGGACAGUGCUGAGGUAAUUGAGAUAGAAGACGAGGUUUCCGGUUGGGGAGAAUAUGAGGAUGAGCCCAAAGACUUCAAGGAGCUUUUCAAUUUACGACAUGCUCAAGCUCGUAAUGUUAUUGGGCACAUCUUUGUGGUGGUCAAGAGACACUUUCAACUAAUGGUUGCAGCUCCAGAGUAUGCUUUGGAGGUACAAGCCAAGCUUAUUCCUGCACUUUGCGUUCUUCACAACUUCAUACAACUUCAUGAUCCUGAUGAUAGUAACAAUGAAGAAGGGACAGCAUAG